GCCCACCACCGCUCCAGCCCCUCGCGCUCCCCGGUGCUUCCGGCACUCUCGUGUUUACGCACGUCACCGCCGCGCCCAUGCGCACUGGGCUUGUUGUCGGCUCGCUUGUUAUGCCUGGUUGAGGCCUCGGACUAAAUUAGUAGAAAACCCCCCGUCUCCGCCCCGGGACACCCGCCAUGGAGGGCAUGGAUAUGGACCUGGACCCGGAGUUCAUGCAGAAGUUCAGCUGUAUGGGCACCACCGACAAAGACGUGCUUAUAUCCGAGUUCCAGAGGCUGCUCGGCUUCCAGCUGAACCCCGCGGGCUGCGCCUUCUUCCUGGACAUGACUAACUGGAACCUGCAGGCUGCUAUUGGGGCGUACUACGACUUUGAGAGCCCCAACAUAAACGCGCCGUCCAUGUCGUUUGUGGAGGACGUGACGAUCGGCGAGGGGGAGUCCGUCCCCCCCGACACACCAUUCACAAAGACCUGGAGGAUACAGAACACAGGGGCAGAGUCCUGGCCCCCAGGGGUGUGUCUGAAGUAUGUGGGCGGGGACCAGUUUGGUCACGUCAACAUGGUAUUGGUUCGCUCGCUGGAGCCGCAGGAGGUGUCCGACGUCAGCGUGCAGAUGCGCAGCCCGGCUGCCCCCGGCAUGUACCAGGGCCAGUGGAGGAUGUGCACAGCCACUGGACUCUUCUAUGGGGACGUGAUCUGGGUGAUCCUCAGCGUGGAGGUGGGCGGUCUACUCGGCGUCACGCAGCAGCUGUCCUCCUUCGAGACGGAAUUCAACACCCAGCCCCACCGCAACGUCGAGGGUAACUUCAACCCUUUCGCCUCGCCACAGAGGAACAAGGGCAGCGGGAGCCCCAGCGGUCCCUGGGACGGCCACUCGGACGGCAUCCAGCAGGACCAAAAUGGACUGUCACACACCUCUGUAAAUAUAACACCAAACAGUCUCCAAAACAACCUGUCAGUGGUGACAUACAGUCAGGUGAGUGAGCGGAGGGCCUUCGUGGCCCCACUGGUUACUAUGUUUCCAUGGGGGCUGCCAUGUGAGCGCACUAAAGGCUCAUGGGAAAGGAAGGGUUAUGAACCAUGUUACAGUGCGGGAAUGCAGGCUCAUUACAUAUAGGGAGCGUAUUGACUUGCUGCAUGGAAAUCACCCCCACCCCCAAUCCCAUCCAAGUCUGUAUUGAACAAGGGUUCGGUUACAAGUGAUUUGCGGUUGGAGGUUAUCAGGCUAAUUUGCUUUUUAUUUAUUUUUUACACAGACACAGAUGAUUGUGCAGUAAUUUGGGGUAGUGAUUAGCCUAAAGGCCUUUCUGCUGUUGAGUAACAGGAAGUGUGCUGUCUGCCUUUUCCCGGCCACGGCCUGGCACUGCCAGUCGGGGCCCUUGAUUUGCUGGCGAAAGUGAGGUUGGAUAUUGGUACUGGUCCCCACCCGCCUUGCUGGGGCUGACAGGGGGUGGUGACCACCUUGCUCUUAUCGACCCACAUGCCGAACAGAUGAGUGCAACCUGAUAGGGCCCUGCCCAGCCAUUUGGGGAGCUGGCUGCUGUCCCUCGGGGCCUUCGAUAGCGUCUCCGGCAUGGCGGAAUGGCAGCAGGGCAGCGUUUAGCCUCUGCUUGCGCAGACUGGUCAUUGCCAGGGCACGCUAUCUUGGACACGGGGCAUGUGUGGGAGUGUUUGGGGAAACAGUCAUUCUAAACAAAGAUUGGCCUUUUUUUCCUGUAAAAGAGUGAUGGAGUUUUUUGGCACCCUGGCAAAGGUGCUGUUGAUCAGGGUGUAACAAGAGCGCCAUCCUGCAAUCGGGCUUCAGGUGGGACCUCUCGCAGACUUCCUGUCACUCGGUAUCACUGCAGACGUGUGAAGGACCUUCAGAGGACCCCGGAUCCUACUGACUUCUUGCCUUCCCCCCCCUCUCUUCUGCAGGGUAUCCACGGGCCCUACCCCUUUGGAGAGUCUUAAAAGCAGCCUCCAGCCACGGCUCAGCGGUGCUGCUUCCCGCCGCCCCGAGGGUGGUGGUGGUGGGGGGGAGGUUUGGGCCGGCUGGGAGCAGCUCCGAAUUAUUUCGUAUGGACACUUGACAGAUCCUGUUUCCUCUCCCUGAUGAUGAUAUAAAUGAACAGUGAAGAUAAGGGUGUGUGAUCCCUGUAUGCCCGGAGAAUGCAUGUGCGAAUGCUAAAUUAAGAUCAGAGUGCUAUGAGUCUUUUGCGGGGCAUGGAGUACAUACCGGAUGUCCUUUUCUUUCCGUUGUAUCCUCUGAGUCUGAGUUUUCGAGCACCGAGUAGAGUUUAGCGAGGAGCAAUGAGCACCACUGUCCCCAAGCAGACGAAGCGGUCCUCAGCGGCUCUGUGGGCUGCUGUGUGACAUCAUACGCCGGUUCCCCGCUCUCCUCCUUUAGCGGUGUUUACUUUCUGGGGUGCUGUCUUCCCUGUUCCGCUGUAAAGGUUCUUCAGAGAAGGAAGGUCAUAUUUGUGCAGAGAGAAAGAUCCCGGCCUUUCUGAGUCCUGCUGUCUUUGUGUAUCUUCCGUCAAAGCUCUGCCUUGCACAUCUAACACCAGGUGGUGCUGUAAGUGGAUAAAAGAAUGAGUUGGCACGCAACACCAUCACUUACCAGCAGAGGGCGCUGCUCGACAAGUUACCCUGAGGCAGGUAGCCAAGCUGCCAGGUUGCUGACGUUCUGCUUCUGACCGAACCGAUUCCCGCUUCUGUCCUCGGUCUGCGGCUUUUGGGGUGGCGUGUUCAGUUGCAUUCGGCACACGCUUGUUGCGCGGCCGUCUCGGGUCGCUGGCGUGUUCCGGUCUCUGUGGGAGGGGCGUAGAGCCCCCUGGAUCUUGGUUAAGCAACCCCCCCCCCGCCCCAGAAGCUGGAGCCCAUGAGCGUUUUGUAUAAUAUGGAUUAAAUGCUUUUAAGUUGGGGAAAAACACAGGCUAUUCAUCGUUAUGUCAGUAAUGUUUUCAUGAGCCAUUUUGGAGACACUAUGGAACGACUUAAUUUCCAUAAGCUCUCUGUAUGCUUCUCGAUGGAAGAAUAGACAGUCAUGUAACAUAUUCAACUAUUAAUACUCUUCGAUCAGACUAUUAGCAGUAGUGUGUUUUUUUUUUUUUUUUUUUUUUUAGCUGCAGGGCAAUUUUCUGGUCCCCUGAGCUUUGGUGCCGGCCGCUGGUAAUGGUUCCCAUCUGCACUGGCUGUCAGCUCCGAGUUCCAGCACGGCUGUAAUCCACCAUCCCUGUCAAUCUGCUGUGUUUAUACAAUAUCCUGCCCAAAUGGCAGUCCCCCCCCCCCCCCCCCCCAAUCCUGAAAAGUAUACACUCACCGGUCUGCCUUCCUCUUCUCUCCUUUGCUCUGUUUGUUGACUGUCUGAAUUUUUUAGGUUCCUUGAUGGAUGGUCUCUGUUUCGUUUUGUUUUUCUCCUCUGUGAUUCGGGUGCAUGUCGGACUGUGUGGGGCACUGGGAUGAAUGAAUCCAGUCUGUGUAGAGUCCUAUGAUAGCACAUCGAAUGAAGAAACCUGAAAAAUGGAAUCCUUUUACUUGUAUGUAUAAAUGAACAUUUGUAUGAUUAAAUUAACACUGAAAAGAGAA